AGCUGAAUACUGAAUCCAUUAAACAUGACGUAUCGAAUGUGCCCACAAUUUCUUUGGCAAGGAAGACAAAUCGAAAUCGAAAUCUAAAUGUUACGUAUUGGUUUUAUCAAUUCUGCUUCUAAGCUUUUAUAUUCAUGUAAUAAAGGUAAAGUAGGUGCGAGUGUCAUUUCCCAGUUUUCAAUAGCUUCACUGUUAACCACUACAACAUUCAUAUUGCACGUGAAAAUGAGCUCUGCAUUAAAAACUGCAGAGAAAGACAAGAAUGCAAAGAAAUCUCUGUUUAAUAAUGAAAGCAAAGAAAAGAAAAUCACAAGAAGUGUAGCAAGUGAAGCAGAGCGCAAUUGGAAAGAGCAUUAUUUGAAGCUUCCAUUAGACGAGAAGAGGAAAGAGUAUAGUUGUGGGAAGAAAUAUGUUCUACUUGAUGAGAUAGAGUCAUGGUCAAGUUAUGCUUCAAAACUGAAAACAAAAGAUCGAGUGAGCUCAUCAUUUGAUGUAGACGAAGAGUUAAACAUGAAGAUAUCAUUGUGGCGUGGAGAUAUUACGUGUCUAGAGAUUGAUGUUAUAUGUAACGCUGCUAAUGGUAGUUUACUGGGAGGUGGAGGAGUGGAUGGUGCUAUACACAGGGCAGCGGGGAAGAAAUUGUAUGAGGAGUGUGUCAAACUUAAUGGAUGCGAUACCGGUAGUGCUAAAUUAACAGGAGGUUACAAGUUACCUGCUAGAUACAUUUUACAUACAGUUGGUCCUAUAGGAGAAAAGCCUGAUGCCCUUGCCAGUUGUUACAAGACCUGUCUUGACCUUGCAAAGAAAAAUAAUCUUCGUUCUAUCGCAUUUCCGUGUAUUUCUACUGGAAUUUAUGGAUAUGAUGUAGAGAAAGCUACACCAGUAGUGAUGGAAACAGUUAGAAACUGGCUUCUUACAGAAGAUAAUGGCAAAAGUAUUGACAAGAUAAUAUUCUGUGUAUUCCUAAUUAAAGAUGUCAGUGUUUAUCAAGAAAAUCUUCAAAUGUAUUUCCCAGUUGAAAAACCAAUUGAAGAAAUUCCAGAGAAAAAGAAAUCUAAAUCUUCAGAUUCAUCUAAAAAUGAAAAUAAAGAGCAGAAAGAAUCGUCUGAGAAAAAGAAAGCAAAGACUGGAGAUUCUGUUAAAAAUGAAAGUAAAGAAGAAAAAGAGCAAAAAGAAUUAUCAGAAAGAAAGAAACUGAAGAUUGAAGACUCUGAAAAUGCAAAUAAAGAAAAGAAAGAUCAGAAAGAAUUAUCAGAUAUAAAGAAACCAAAGACUGGAGAUUCACCGACAAAGGACUCAGAAGAGGUCAAAGAACAGAAUGAAAACAAAAGUGAAGAGAAGUCUGUAUCAGAGGCUGUUGUAAAAGAUGCGGACAUUGUGAAAAAAAAGGAGAAGGAAAAAAAGAAGUCCAAAAAUAAGAGUGAGAAAGGGAAAGAAGUUGUACAGGAGAGUUAUCUUUAGAUUUGUUGUUUAUGUUUUCAGUGAAGACACACUUAUUUUUCAUGUAGAACACUUAUUUAUAGUGUUUUCCCCAGUUAAUUGCUACCAUUGUUUGUAGAUAUAUUUAUUAGUUUGAGAUAAACUGAUACUCUAUAGGAAUUAAGUUGAUAUGUAAGGCCAAAAAGGCUUUGUUUCUGGUCUCAACAAAAUGGGAGUGACAUAAUAAGAUAAUAUAAUUAUGAUGAGAAGGUUUAUAAUAAAAAGUCUAGUGUGAAAUUGAUGGUAGGUAGGUAGAUCAAAACUGAAUGCUUAUUUACAGAAAGAUUUUUUUUAUCAUAAGAACUCAUUGAGGUCCUUAUGUCUAAAGUAAUAAAGUUUAAACUUUUACUUAGAUCAACUAGUGUACUUUAAAGAAAAGAGAAAUGCAAAAAAUACUAGGAAUUAAAAUGAAAAUCAAUAUUUUCAUGAUUUUAAGCCCGUUCAAAAGUUUUUCAUUUUUUGGUCAGUUGGACACUAAAAUCAUUAUUCUAGGAAAAUGAAGUGAUUGAAUGAUAUGAAAUUUUAAACACAUUGGUCCUAACCUACAUCAAAUGGUACACAAAUCUCAAGAAAAUAUUUCCAGUCAAAAUUCCUUUCACUUUUUAAUAGAACAAACAUAAAUAUGUCUUCUAUUCAGCUGUAAAUUAUCAUUACCAACAUGCAUAAUGCUCUAUAUAUGAAUGUCAUAAACCACUUUAAGUUUCAAACAUUUAACAAACACAUUGUUUUUCAAAAUAUUUUUGUGUAUUAGGAAACUUGAAAAUGUUUGUUAAUUAUUUAAAUGAUUAAUUUUAAGUUAAAAAUCACAUGUCAGCUAUAAACAUACUCUAAUUUUUUCAGUCAAUAUCAAUACAGUAUCUUCUUUCAUUGCUGACAUUGGACAGUUAUUUAUCAAGGUUAGUUUACCAGCAUUUUGAAUGUGAGAAUGACAGUUACAGUAUUAAAAAUAUUUAUUUUCCAAUUACAUUCUUUAUAACUGCAUUGUUCUUGUGUACCUGUGUCAAGAAAAAGACUACCUGGUGUUUUUGUUUGUGAUUUUGAUCAUUGCUGUUAUACAGGGAUGGUAUUUUUUACUUCAAUUCUUUUAAUGCAUUACAUUUAUGUAUGUCUUAAACAUGUGUUAAUCUUCACAAUGGUUUAUUUGGGGGUCUGACUUUGUCAUUUUGACUUCAAAGCACAUUAAGCCUCAGAAAAUUUUCCUUUGAAGGAGAUGUAAAACUGGUUUAUCACAUAAACCACGGCCCUGGUGUGUAAUAAAGUCAUUUGUUAAAAACAAUAUUACACUACUUUAAUAACACUUUGAAAUGACAUCAUUUGUGCUAUAAAUAAACAUAGCGUUAAAGCGCACUAAUGUUAGCAUUACACUAUAGGCGCAUCAAUGAAAAAUGACUCUUUUUAACAGUUUACCAUUCUUAUUUUAUGUAAUGUGAUAAAAAGAAUAUUAUAUUCAUGUUGAUUCAAUUCUAAAUUUAUUGAACUCACUGAAUAAAACAAUAUGCUUGCCAAAGGCUCGCAUAAUAUGAUUUUAUUCAACUUGCUCAAUAAAUUUAGUACUAAACCUACACUCAUUCAAUAUCCUCUAUUUAUCCAAUGUGUUGAUAUUAAUAUGUCACA